GCGAAAUGGCGCGAAAAUCAUUCGAGGAAUUUCCGCAUUCAGUGCAAUCGGCUAAAUAAACCCAAAUACUCGGUCCAAAUAAUGGCUGAAUUUACUGUUGGCUGUUUCAUCGCUGCAGCUAUUUUUAUCAGUGGAAUAAUUUGCAUACUGACGUACCAUCUGCGGCGACUUCAGCUGUACAUAAAAGCGUCUAAAUUUCGUGGUCCUGCGACGGUUCCAAUCGCGGGAAAUGCGCUUCAAUUCCUGGGAAAUAACGAAGAAAUAGUGCAGAAGAUGAUCGAAUUCUCACAGUCGUAUCCUUCGCCUUAUCGAAUUUGGCUCGGACCAGAAUUGCUGAUCAUGGUCUCCCGACCCGAAGAUGUCAAAAAAAUAAUUAGCAGUGACAAAAUGAUCGAGAAAUCGUCACUGUAUCGAUUCUUUCGACCGUGGCUAGGAGACGGCUUGUUGUCAGCUCCCGCGGCAAUAUGGCGCAUUCAUCGGAAGCUCAUCGGGCCAACUUUUAAUUUGAAAAUUCUCGAAUCAUUUGUAAGCGUUUUUGCAGCCCAAUCAUGUAUAAUGGUAAAAAAAAUGGAGACUGAAUUGAAUGGAGGUGAAUUCCUCGUUUUCAAAUACGUAUCGCUGUGUGCGAUGGACAUAAUUUGUGAAACUGCUAUGGGUGUAAGCAUGGGAGCUCAGAGUAACAAUAACAGUGAAUAUAUCGAAACAGGUGAAAAAACGUUUGCAAUAAUCUACCAAAGAGUAUUCAAAGUAUGGUUGCAGCCUGAUGCGAUCUUCCACCGUACUCGACUCGGUAGAGAACAAAACAAGUAUUUGAACGUGUUGCAUGGUUUUACUAAUAACGUGAUCCAAAGGAAGAAAGAAGUUUUGAUGAGCAAAAAUGAUCAUAAGUAUGACACGGACGAUUCACUGCCACCACGAAGAAAAGCUUAUUUGGAUCUGCUGAUGGACUUAACUGACAACCAGAUGAAAUUCACUGAUCAAGAAUUACGUGAAGAAGUAGACACAAUGAUUGUGGCGGGAUACGAUACAACAUCGAACACGAUCUGUUCGGUUUUGUUGAUGCUGGCUUCUCAUCCGGAUGUGCAGGAAAAAGCUUACCGCGAACUCGAGGAAAUAUACGCAAGCAACAAAGUCGAAGAGCAUGGCGUGACCCACGAGGAUUUGUCACGCAUGGAAUACUUGGAGCGAGUGAUAAAGGAAACGAUGCGCUUAUUUCCAAUAGCUGCUACGCUGUCCCGAAAAGUUACGGAAGAUUUUGAUGUCGGUGAAUACACAUUACCGAAGGGAAGCAUAAUCGGUAUAGACAUUAUACACAUGCAUAGGAGCCAGGAAUUCUGGCCGGAUCCGCUUACCUUUGAUCCGGAUCGAUUUUUGCCUCAAGAAAUCGCCAAGCGACACCCUUACGUUUAUGUUCCGUUCAGUGCAGGGCCACGAAAUUGCAUAGGUUCAAGAUUUGCUAUGAUGGAAAUGAAGACUGUUGUAGCAACGAUUCUUCGCCGAUAUGUCAUCAAGAAAAAUAAAAUCACACCAAUAGCCGAUAUCAAGUUGAAAUCGGAUGUGGUGCUAAAGACGGCUGAUCCAAUCAAGCUACGAAUCGAGGAGAGAAUAUCAUACGGCCAAUUUUGAAUUCAACGUGGGAUUUGAAUCGAGAGAAAGAAAAAUUUACGAAGUACAAACCUCGACAGAGUGGAAUUCGAUAUUUUCAACAAUAACAGUUGCGGUGUUUACAAAAUUUCAAGAGCUUCAAAAGCGUCAGUUUGUCAGGGGCCAUUCAUUAAUUACGUCACGGGUCACAAGGGAGAGGGUGGUUAAAAAAAUCUAUACAUGACCUUAUCUCAGGGGCAGUAGCCGAGAGGAGGGGGGGUUAAAAGUUAUUCUUACGUAAUAUUUUAC